UGUUGCAGGAAUAUAGCAGCUAGUUGAAAUUUAGAGACAUGCCUCCCGCAGCAAAAUCUAAGUCCAAGUUCAAGGAACAGCCCUCUGCAAGGGCCUCCAAGGAACAACAGAAGGCUUCUUCCAAACCCUCUGGAUCUACUAACCUGGGGAAUGGAAAUCCUGCAAGUGCUUACAAUCCGAUUUCUGGAACAUUUCAUACUCUAGAUACAGCACCAUUGACCUUCUCCCAACCCCUCCAGAGCAAUGGUCGUUUCCAGAAUAUAGAUGAAACGGACACACACUCUGGUAGCUCACAUGAAACGGCAGCAGACUAUGAUUCGAUAUCCAACAAUGGAAGCUUCUCUGGUGAAUCGGAAGACAAUAGAGAGAAGGCAACUAGUACAGAUCCACCACCAGAAAUGAUCCCCGGAUCAGACAAUGACAAGCGAGAAAAGAUCCGUCAGAAGAAUGAGAGAAAGCACCACCGUCAGAAGGAGCGGCGGGCAAAAGAGUUGCAUGAGCGCUGCUGUGGUUACCUUAUGUCCAGAAAACUGGAAUCGUUAUCCCAGCAACUUGUGGCGAUGGGAUUCUCAUCUGAGAGGGCAACCUUGGCCCUUAUACUGAACGAGGGCAAAGUAGAGGAAUCUGUCAACUGGCUAUUUGAGGGAAGUGCAGAUGAAGCUCAGAAGAAGGAUCUUGGAAAUGAGGAUAACUUAAAAAUUGAUGUACAUGAAGAGCUUGCUCAGAUUGCAGCUAUGGAGGUAGCAUACAAAUUGUCAAAACAGGACGUUGAAAGAGCUGUUGUUGCUUGUGAGGGUGAUCUUGGCAAAGUAGAAGAAACCUUGAGAGCUCAGAAGCCGGAACCACUUACUACUCCACCAAAGCCGGAGGAGAAGGCCAAUGUGAAACUCUCUAUGAGAGUACAAGAGAAGCCUACUGCUACCGUUACAAAACAACCGAAUAGGAAUGAUAGGGAAAUUAACUAUGUCAAGAGGGCAGUUGCAGGGCCAACAAUUCCAGAACCUAGGACUAGAAGCCUGCAGGCUUCAAAAGCAAAUCAGCCUAUGUUACUUGCAGAGAAGGGGUGGCCUGCAACCGGCUUAAGCUCAUCUGUCUCAUAUGCUGUGGAAGCUCCCCUACAACUAGCAUCUUCAUCAGCAAAAAUGGGCUCUCAGCUUAGGGUCAGUGGAAAUGAAGGGAGAACUAUUCAACAUGGAGUGAUGAGGGAGCCAGUAAUUAUGAUGCAGCGGCCGCAAUCUCAAAAUAUGAAGCAGAAUUCAAUUACGAGCAUAAGUGCUUCUCCUCCUGGGACCAGUGGAUGGUAUGCAAAUACUGCUCUGGAUAGGGAAAGUAUGAAGCUAAGUGGUAAGUUUCUGCACAAUCAAUCCACAGGAACCUUUGGCCCUGAAAGUUUGACUAUGCAACACUUCAAUCCACAAUCUCAGAGCACUAGAAGUCUGGGGCCAGAUAAUUUGAGCUCACAUCCAUAUUACCUUCAGACUCCUUAUACACAACACAUGUCCAGCUCAGUGGAUCCUGCAGAAGCCCGUCUGGGCAUCUCAUGGAGUGCUAUGGGUGCAUCUUCUCCAUCCCUUAAGGUGCCAUCCUCUCUUGGACUAUUUUCUGGUUGGGGUACAACUGGUACUGUUGGUUCAUAUUCUCAUGUUGACUGGAACACGGGUGACAUGUCUCACUGUGAUUACAACAGUAUAGACUGGACUUUGGAAUCAAAGUCAUCGUCUUUAAAAUCAAGUGGGUUGAUGCCAGGUAAGUCAAAUGCGUUGAUGUUGGGGCUUUCUUCAAUGAGGGUUGCCAGUGCAAAUGGCAUGCACAUCCCAGGCUUGCAGGAUGGUGGGAGGGUAACAGAAGCAACAUCGUCUGUGGGUAUGCGUGAGUGGACCUCGCCUUUUGCUGGUAAAGAUAUCUUUAGCGUACCGAGGGAGUUUGUUAUUUCUCCCUCUCCUUAGAAAUAGGGACAAAGAGGAGAGGAGACAGAUACGGUCGGUUUAGUCCGUCGUGCUAUGGUUGUAUUGAUGCUUGUUUCUUAUUUACCAGUCUAAAGUGCAUCUAGUUAUUGUCUUAUAUUUGGUUUUAUCUUUGCUUCUGUUAUGGUUUUUGGUGG